UUUCAAGCUCGAGCUGGUGUCGGUGCUCAACGAAUAAAUCAAGGAAUGACCACUCCAACUUCAGUAAAGACUAACAAUAGGCGUACGAAGGGUGCUGCAAAGGCUGAAACUCAAACUGAGAUUGAAAAGAUGAGAAGUGAACAUUCAGAAAAGAUGAAGAAUUUUACAUUAAGGACAGAAGCUUUAUCCAAAAGCAUGCAGGAAAUCAGGAAAUGCGAACAAUUGGGCAGCGGAUCUAAAGAACUUCAAUACAGUCUUGAUGGAUCAUUAGUAGGAGCUAACAGCAAUGAACUAAUAGAUAGUAAUAAUAGCAUUGAGGGAAUUGUUGGUUCUAGUGGUGUUGUUGAUAGCAGUGAAAUUCAGGGGUACUUAAAUCAAGCUGGUGUUCCGGGCAUGUCCGGAGAUCCGAAUAUGGUGGGCCAUUCACCAUUUACGAGUAAUACUAUUCUUAGUAAUGAACCUAAUUAUAUGGGGGAUUCGAUUCUUAAUGUGGUUGAGACUGCGUAUCAAGAAGAUUCAACGGGAUUAGUUUUUGAUUUUAUAAACGCUGACGACGAAGUUAUGAAUGACAACGGCGAUCCCCAUUUGGCGUAUAAUAAUUAA